AGUAAAUCAAAUAAACUCCUUCUACUUCUUCCUUAUGCCAAUUGAGGUUGAUCUCAUUCCAUGAGAGCACCUAAAACCAAGUAAAUCCAUCAAAACCUACCGGAGAGAGAAAGCCAUGGAAAUGUCUAAGGCUCAAAUCCUCCGAGCGUUAUUCAUUUCCACUUUUCUUCACCUCCUCAUCGCCUCCUCGAAAGCUACCCCAAACAAUGCAAAUCCAAAACAACAACAGCAACAACAACAAAAGUUGUCAUCAGAAGCACAGGAAUACCUUGCUGCCCACAACGAUUUUCGACGGAAAAAGGGAGUGGGGCCGCUGCAAUGGGACGAAAACCUAGCCAAGUACUCUGCACGUUGGGCGGCGCUACACGUAAACGAUUGCAAUCCCAGAAACCAUUCGUUUGGUCAAUACGGAGAGAACACCCUGUGGCUAAAAUACGAUGAGUACUCGCCGGAGAGGGUGACCCAAGUGUGGAUCAAUGAGGAGAAGAACUUUGAUCAUCAAAAAUGUUCUUGCAAAUGCCAACCUGAAACCAAUAAAUGCAUGUGUGGCCAUUAUACCCAAGUUGUUUGGGCCGAUACACAAAAAGUGGGUUGUGCUAGUGCCACUUGUAAUCAUGAAUUGGGCAUACUUUUUAUUUGUUCCUAUGAUCCAACUGGAAAUUAUCCCAAUGUCAACCCUUUAAAGAAAACCAAACCUUCACCUUCCAUAUGGUCGCCGCCGCCGCCGCCGCCACCACCACCAUCACCAUCACAACCACAGUCAUUGUCGCCACCACUGCCACGGUCGCCGCCGCCGCCACCACCUCCUCGUUCCACUACUCCACCUCAAAAGCAAGGGAAUUUGAAUCAACGUCAAAAUAAGCCUCCAUCACCACCGCCACGAAAACCAUCACCAUCACCGUCAGCACCAACACCACCUCAGCCUGGGGCUUCGACUCAGGCUCAAAUGGGAAAGAAUUAUUAUAGGAAACGACAACGUCAAACCUUUCGAAAAAGGAUAGUAAAAACACCACCACCACCAACAACAACAACACCUUCAGCGCCGACACUGAGUGGGAAGAGAAGGAACCAUAGGCUACCGGGUGCAAUGAGAAACCAUGCCAAGCGACACAAUAGGGGAUACCUUAGACAACUAUGAUAACUGAUAAGGGGUUUGCCACAUUGUCAAGGAAGCUGGAGGAUUUGAUGAUGGAAUCAGACACAACUCUUUUAUAUAAUGUGUAGGGCUUAUCAAAUGUGUAAUCUUGUGAAAAAGUUGUAUCUCGUUCUAUGAAUGAGGUGUUUUAUUAUUUUUCUUUCUCUCUCUUUUCUUUUUCUUUCUUUUUUUUUUCUUUUUAUACCUAUUUAAUCUGUUAUGAUCACAUUUAGUACAAUUUUUUUUUAAAAAAUACUUUUAAAAUAUCA